AUGUCGUGGCGAGCAGCGGUGACCACCGCGACCCAUGGCUGCUCUCCGCGCGCCGACGACCUCUUUGGGCCCGUCGUCGGCCGUCAAUGCCGCGGAGGGUUCGACUUGACCCUGUUGUUCGAGCAGGCCGUGCUGUCGAUAAUCCCGGCCGCAAUCAUCAUCGUUGCCUUCCCCCUGCGCUUCGCCUACCUCGCCACGGCUCGCCCGAAAACGCUGCUUCGUCCGGCCCGGUUCUGGAAGCUGCUCGCCGCGUGCGUCUUCCUCCUCCUCCAGCUCGCUCUCCUUGUCCUCUGGUCCCACGAUGAGGCCAACCGCACGAGGGCGUCGCUGCCCCUGGCCGUGCUCAAUGUCAUUGUGGCCAUUCAGCUGGUGGUACUGUCGUGGAUGGAGGACGGCCGGUCGAUCCGACCCUCGUCCAUGCUGAGCAGCUACCUCGCCAUCACCGUCGUCCUCGACAUUGCUCAGGCCAGGACACUAUGGCUCCGACGCCUGAACACGCCCAUUGCCGCCGUCUUUACCGCCACAGUUGCUGUCAAGGCCGUCAUGCUGCUCCUCGAGAGCCGCAAAAAGACGAGAUACCUCAAGCAAGCCCAUGCCGACCUGCCCCCCGAGGCGACCAGCGGCAUCAUCAACCGCAGCUUCCUCUGGUGGCUCAACGACCUGUUUCGCCGCGGCCUCCAUACCGACCUUACCCUCGACGAUCUGUACCCCCUGGACGACGAGCUUGCUUCCGGUCCGCUGAGCACCAAAAUUCAACAGGCCUGGUCGCAGCGUCGCAAGCCCGAGCGCCGCUUCGAGUUUCCCCUGGCGGCCUGGAGGGCCAUGCGCUGGCACAUCUUGUCUGCCAUAAUCCCUCGUCUCUUCCUGAUUGCGUUUACAUUUGCACAGCCCUUUUUGAUUUCUCGUGUCCUCAACCUCCUGUCCGAGCCCGACAGCCAGCCUGCCCGCAACGUAGGCUACUCACUGAUCCUGGCGGCGGCCUUCAUCUACAUGGGAUUGACGCUGUCUACUCUCUACUAUAACCACAGCGUCUACCGGUUCAUGACCAUGUUCCGUGGCGCCAGCGUGUCGCUGAUUUUCAAUCACAUGCUCACGCUUCCACUUGGCGAGUACGACGACUCGGCCGUCGUGACCCUGAUGAGCACAGACGUGGACCGUAUUGUCCUCUGUCUUAUUAGUCUAAAUGAAAUUUGGGCGCGCGUCAUCGAGGUCGCUGUGGGAAUUGUGUUGCUGGCCCGGCAGCUUGGCUGGGUAUGCCUCGUGCCGCUCUUUGUCGUCGUCGUGUCCUUUUUCGGAAGCGCGGAAAUCUCGAGGACAAUUGGCGCGCGCCAAAGGGUUUGGAUAGACGCUGUGCAGCAACGCAUCACCAUCACCGCCUCGAUGCUGGCCGAGAUGAGGAGCGUCAAGAUGAUGGGUCUGAGCCCUGUGUUGUCUGCCAUCGUCCAGGAUCAGCGAGUCCAGGAGACGCGGCGCAUGGCGGCGGCCAGAUGGAGCAUCGUCUGGCAAAACGUCGUACAGAACCUGCCCUGGGCGGUGGCCCCGUCGCUCACAUUCAUCAUCUACGUCGCGCAAGCCACGGCACGGGGCAAGUCCUCCAUCGACGUCACCCAGGCCUUUACCGCCUUGUCCAUCAUCACCUUGCUCACGGACCCUGCCUCCAAGCUCCUGAGCGCCAUACCCUCUACCGCUGCCAGCCUGGGGUGCUUUGACCGGAUCCAGGAGUUCCUCGUGGCCCGUCCGAGAACCGAUCCCCGCUUCGCUGCAUCGCCGUCGAGAACGGCACAGGGCCAAGAUGCCGCGGCGAUUUCGAUGCAAAACAUGUCACUCCGCCCCGUUGCGACUGCCGAGCCGAUCUUGUCGGACGUCAGCUUCGCCAUCCCACGCGGAUCCCUGGCCAUGGUCAUCGGCCCCGUCGGGUCUGGCAAGACAACUCUGCUCAAAGGGCUGCUCGGGGAGGUCAAGGACCAGAACGGCGGCUCCGUCACGGUCGCGAGCAAGCAGAUUGCGCUGUGCGUUCAAGUACCCUGGCUGCCCAACACGACAAUUCGAGAGGCCAUCUCCGGCUAUGUGGAGGAGGGGCAAAAUGUCGACCAGGCGUGGUAUCGGAGAUGCUUGCACGCUUGCGCGCUUGACUACGAUCUUGAUCGCCUUGCAGAUGGCGAAGAAACCCGUGUCGGCAGUGCGAGCACGGUCCUGAGCGGCGGCCAGAGGGCGCGAAUCGCUCUGGCUCGCGCCGUCUAUGCCCGGACCGACAUUAUGCUGCUCGACGACGUGCUGGGCGCCCUGGACACCAACACGCAGGCCACCAUCAUGUCUCGCCUGUUUGGCGACGAGGGCUUGCUGAAGAAGCGCAACGUGACUGUGGUGCUCGCGACGCACGCCACCGAAUUCCUCAAGUAUGCCGACAAGGUCUUGAUUGUUUCCGAUGGAAAGGUCAGGGACGGCGGCAAGGGCGAGAACGCAAUCCCCAAGGAGCUGGUUGAUGCUCUCAAGGCAACUUCCAGCCCGUCGGUGUCCGAGGAGGUCGAGCACAAAGAGCCCGAUGCCAAAGACAAGGCGGAUGAAAUCUCGAAAGCCAAUCGACUGAGUGAUAUGAGCAGAUCGGCCGGCGACCUGGACGUGUACCGCUACUACUUCAAGUCUGUCGGCUGGCCCAAGACGGCCCUCUUUGUCGGGUUUGUCAUUGUUGACGUGUUUUGCAGCAGCUUUAGCACCAUCUGGUUGAAGUGGUGGGCCGAGGUCGACGGUGGCCAAAUCGCGCUAUAUAUGAGCGUCUAUGUCGCCCUGGCGUUCCUGACGUCCGUGGGAACCGGCGGAUACGUCUGGUCCAUCCUCAUUCUCAUCUCUCCGUACACUGCACGGAAGCUGCACGCAGUCCUGCUCCGAGUCGUCAUGAGGGCGCCUCAAUCGUUCUUCUCGGCCACGGACAGCGGGUCGAUUCUGAACCGAUUCAGCCAAGACAUGACCAUCAUCGAGGGACAGCUGCCGAUUGGCAUACUCGUCGCCGUCUCCAAUCUGUUCUCGUCACUUGCGGCGGCGGCUCUGGUCACGACCGGUUCCGUCUACAUGGUUGUAAGCGUCCCGUUCCUCGUCUUCACCAUCUGGGCGCUCCAGCACGUAUACCUUCGGACCUCGCGACAGCUGCGUCUGCUGGACCUCGAAAGCAAGAGUCCGCUGUAUUCCCACUUUUUGGAAACCGUCGGUGGUCUUUCCACCAUUCGCGCGUUUGGAUGGCAAUCGCGGUUCAAGGCCAAGAACGAGAGGCUGCUGGACGACUCUCAGCGGCCGCACUACCUGCUGUACUGCAGCCAGCGGUGGCUCAACCUUGUGUUGGAUCUCAUCGUUGGCGCGCAGGCUGUCCUCGUCAUAGGCCUCGCUGUUGGGCUUCGACGCUCCACCAGCCCGGGCCUCCUCGGUGUCUCCCUGAACAGCAUAUUGUCCUUUAGCGGCGCUCUUUCGUCCCUCGUGUCGGGCUGGACGAUGCUUGAAACCUCGCUCGGCUCGAUUGCGAGGUUGAUGAGCUUCGAGGCCACGGUCAAGCCAGAGGACCAGAGCGGCGAGACGUACCAGCCGCCGCCUAGCUGGCCGGAGCGCGGCGCCAUUGAGUUUCGCCAAGUCACGGCUACCCAUAGUCCCGGGGCCGUGGGCAUCCGCGAGAUUAGCCUGCAGAUCAAGCCGGGCCAGAAGGUCGGCAUUUGCGGGCGCACAGGAAGCGGCAAGAGUUCACUCGUGGCUACUCUUGUGAGACUUCUGGAGAUGGACUCUGGUUCGAUAUUCAUCGACGGCGUCGACAUUGCCACUGUGCCGCGGGAGACGAUUCGCGAGCGACUCGUCAGUCUCCCGCAGGACCCCUUGGUCCUCAACGGCAGCGUGCGCCUCAACGUGGACCCGGAAGAGCGAAGCACCGAGGAGGCGGUGGCGACGGCACUGGACCGCGUGGGGCUCGGGGACCUGGCACAGUCGCGAGGCAUCAUGGCCGACAUCACGGCGACAUCGCUGUCGCGGGGCCAACAGCAGCUGCUCGCACUAGCACGGGCAGUCGUCAAGAAGCAAGCCUGCGGCAGCACCAUCCUGUUGCUCGACGAGGCGACAAGCAACGUCGACGCCGAGACGGACGCAGUGCUGCAGCGCGUUCUGCGUGAGGACUUUUCCGGGUGCACUAGGGUGGCCGUGGCGCACCGCAUCGACACGAUCAUGGAUUCAGACGUAGUUGUGGUCAUGGACUCGGGGCGCAUCGUGGAGGUUGGUGCGCCUGCAGACCUGCUGCGCAAUGAGGAGGGGUGGUUCUCCCAGUUGGCCAAAUCCAAGGAGUAG